AAUAAAUUAACAGGUUACACCUGGUUAGCUCUACGACAUUGGUAGGACCAGGCAUUCGUCUGCAAAGCAAAACAAGUUUCUUAUAACAGGGAUUUGCCCUUACCAACAUUGUAGUCUAGGCCAUGUGCAUUUGCAUGGACAUGGUCAUUUCAAACGUUGCAGAUAGACGUAGACUACACAUGGGACCAAACUAUAACAUGACAUUCGAGGUUACUUUUACUUCGAGGUUCAAAAUCCAAGCAACCGUAAAUCGCAGAGCAGACUUGCCUAGACCGAUGUUGAUUGGCGGAUCAUUAGGCUACACCUGCGUUCACUGGGACAAGGAACCCAAAUUUAGAUUGAUUGCAAAUGGUUACAAUCGAAAAAUCGAAUGUGACCUUGAUUUAUAGAUAGGCCUACUAUUUCUGAUGAGAUGUCGCAAAUAAACCCAUCACCAAACUCAAAUCUCGCUGAAGGUUUACCAAUCACAAGUUUGACCCUACUUGUUCUCCUUCUUAUACCGUGCGUAGUUCUUUUGCUACUGUUGAACUGCCUGUUUCUCGGUUACAAAUUCCUAAUAUUAUCCAGGAGAAAAAGAAAACGAGAGGAUUCUGAGAGCACACUUCUACAGUCGACUCACUCGACCCACCAGAGAAUCACCAGAAUAUCUGAAAAACCCUUGUUACCCAAUCAGGAUGGGAAAAGAACAUAUUUGUCCAUGUCGGAACCAAUGUUGGUACCACCCGUGACAUCUUCAAGAACAUCUUCACGGGGAAAGGUUGCUUUGGAUCCGAGAGGGAUUCACUUGUUGCGGCCAAAUGGAACGACAGGAGGAGGAUCGGGGUCUCUGAGGUCCCCCAGCACAAUCCUAGCGACCUCGUCAACAACGCCCAACUCGAGGCCCGACUUGCACCGCAAGUCCUGCAUGUACAGCAAAAGUAAAUGGUGCUGGAGCGCCCCAGUCUUACCGCUUUCCAGUGACUCUGAGACGGAACGGACACACCGUGCGCCCCCCAAUACACCAUGUGUCACAGAAUUAAACGACGCUCUUUCUGGUGUUGAGUUGGGCCAUAUGCGCCGCAGCAGUACAAUGGAGCUGCAGAAUGUAGCGAUCGACUCUCCUGAGCACUUGUUUGACAAGGUCAUGUUUGAGUGCGAGUACGCUAGCAUUCCCCCCGAGGCUUCCUGUAUUGCCGCAUCUGUCAACUGCUCCACCGUGGGGCCGGGACUUGACAGCGACUUUGGUGCAAGUGCAGGUGUCUCUCUCCGGAUCUUGUCCGCUGACAGCGACGGUCUUUGUAACGGGGCCUCUGCCUCGGCCUUGGAGUGGGAUUACUACUACUACGACCCUUGCUACGUCAGACAGAACAACAUACCCAAGCACAAACACCACCGACCUGCAAUGCAUAGCAGGCAGUACUGGGUGUAAGAACGUGGCUUUUUAAGUAAUGUUUUAUUGUAUUAACUAUUUAUUUUGUCUCAAUGUACUUAUUUAUUUUCUAAAAGAAAACCACAUGUUAAGACAUGAACCACAAUCAUUUUAGCACUACCUUUAGUUUGUCAUCUUUGAAAAGCACUCACUUUCUUUGUUGUUUUUACAGUUGUUUUUGACACUUGACAAUCACUUAUAUUCACAUUACUUUUCACAUCAGGUUAAGAUUGUCCCAUGUUUUCUUAAUGAAGCACUUUGUCACAUAUACUUUUAAUAUCCACUGUUGUUGCCUCAAAUGUUUUCUAAACUUCACUGAUAUCAAAUAAAGA